GCAGAUCAGUCCCAGGUUCUGAUCCAAAAGUAGUGAAAAUCCAUCGUCAUGUUUAGGCUGGUGAUUAUUUCCGUCCUGGCAAGCAUCGCCACGGUGCAAUGUGGAACUAUUCUCACGCCUGUUAUUGGCAAGCUCGUUUCUGAGAAGGUCGUCGAGGCGCACAGCAGCAACGUGGUGCAUCCAUCGGCGUCGCUGGUGGCCGCGGCUUCACCCGCGCUACUGAGAUACGCGGAUGUCGCUCUGGUACAGCAACCAGUCGCCGAGAUUGUGCAACCGGUAGCGAAGGCCUCCUUGAUCGCUGAGAAGACGAUCGAGGCCCACGGACACCAAGUGAUUCACGACGCGCGUCCGUUGAUCGCAGUGGCAAAACCUCUGGCAGCCAUCGAAUCGCACGUCGCAGUACCCGCGAUUGCCAGUCGUGAAAUAGCUUACACGGCACCGUACUAUUCACCGUAUUAUUCGGCGUAUCCCCAUCAGCUGAUCGCCGAGAAGACUGUAUCCAAUUACGGGCAUAGCAUUCAACACGCAUUAUAAAUAAUCACCGGGCGAAGUAUCAAAACAUAAAUAGUAACUCUAAAGAGCACGCAUGGAUUUACAAAAUAAAAUCU